UCCCCACUAUCCUCGCGUAACUAACCCCUCCACCCCGGCCACUCUUUCUGCCUCCUUAUAAAUUCUCCACCACCCUCCAACCCUCAGUCCCUCACUUCCAUCUCCCACCAAAUAUCCCCAUGGGCCAGAAGAAGAAGACCCAGAACGAUGGCCAAACAAACGAGAAGAACGAUGCCGCCAAGAAAGGCGAAACUACUCCUGCCACCGUCGUCUUGAAGGUCGACUUGCAUUGUGACGGCUGUGCUUCCAAGAUCACUCGUUUCCUCAGGUGCUUUCAAGGCGUGGAAACUGUGAAAGUCGAUGGUGAUUCCGGCAAGGUGACGGUCACCGGUAAUGUGGACCCGUCGAAACUCCGAGACAAGCUCGCCGACAAAACCAAGAAGAAGGUGGACCUUAUCUCUCCCCAGCCCAAGAGGGACAACAAGGACCCCAAAAACGACAAGAAGAAGCCCGACGACAAGUCUGAGAAGAAGAAUCCCGACGAUAAAAAAUCCAAAGAGCCUCAGCAGUCAACGGCAGUUCUGAAGAUGGCAUUACACUGUCAGGGAUGCAUCGAGAGGAUUCGCAAGACAGUAUCCAAAACCAAAGGAGUUAAGGAACUGUCCAUAGACAAGGACAAGGAAACUGUGACGGUGAAGGGGUCUAUGGACGUGAAAGCUCUUGUCGAAAGUUUGAAGGAGAGGCUGAGAGGAAUGUUGAGGUGGUUCCCCCCAAGAAGGACAAGGACAAGGAGAAAGAGAAAGAUGGCGUGGGUGAAAAAGAAGGAGGCGGCAAAGGCGGCGGGAAGAAGAAAGGUGGUGGAGAGAAGAAGGCUGAGGAGGAAGCUGACGGCGGCGACGGCGGAGGGAAACUAGGGCAGCACAGGAUGGAUUUUAUGUUGCCUCCCUAUGCGUAUGGGUAUACCUGCGGUCCGGUUUAUUAUAUGGAGCCAGUGCAUCCACCACAGAUGUUCAGCGAC